GAAGAUCUUGGCCGCAACUCCGCCAAUAUAUCGUAUCGUCUUCAAAUUUGUCACAAGCACGCACACAUGAAAUCGGCUGCCACUUGGACCCGCUUUCUUCGCGCCUACACGCCAACGACCACAACCACAACCAACAGUGUCCAGCAAUAUGAAACAACAUCCAGACUUUGAUUGUCGCAGAGGAAAGCAGUCAUCGCGAGCAGCUCCCUAUGGCACUAGGCGUACUAGUUCUCAGCAUGAUAUGGCCUCGUCUCAAUCGUCUCACUCUGAUUCCCUACAUGAAAAGAAUGGAGAACACGGCAGCGCUAAAGUACCUGCUACUGACAACAGCUUGGCAUCGUGGGUUACCGAUGACAUGAAAAAGACAUUCAACUCCGUAUAUAGGAAACACGGCUCGCUGAAGGAGAGACGAGAUCUCAAUAUUAAGUACCACCACGUCGUAUGUCAACAGUGUAUAACCAAAAACAAGCCAUGCGAAAUUCGACCUACCGCCCUCCAAUGCGGAAAUUGCCCGCCGUACGUCAAAUGUACCCGCGUACCAACUCUCAAGAAACUUCGUGUUCUGGAUAUGAUGAACAUCUCCGAAGAGCAAUAUGAUUGGCUACUUACUUGGUACAAAAAGACUGCAGAGGAAGAACUUCUCGAGCCUUUAAAGGAAUCUCUCAAACUGACUUCCGUGAGAGAUCGUGCCUUAUUCCUCCGAAUUAUUUCUUUUACCGACCUUUGUUUCAGGCCAGUGUAACGAGCUCGGCGAGGAAUUCCAUAAUUUCUCCCAGGAAUCGUUUGCCCCAUACCUCUCUUGCUCCGUUAAACGAGUCUCAUUCUUACGAAACCGAAAACUCGACUAACACACAAUUCCAUAAAAUCGGCGACUAUACUGAUUAUAGGACAGUGAAUGUCCCUGCCACAAACGAUGUAACCCAUGGACA